ACGGUGUAGCGUGUGGGGAACGCACGGCUGGCCCGGUGCAGUGCCACCAACAGGGACGCGUGCGCGGCACGGAAGCUGCGGAGCAGUGUCGCACGCGACGUCAGGGCAGCGGGGAGCUCCGGUCUAGCGCCGUGAGAAGGGUCUGCUGGAUCGCUGGUCUAAGGGACAGCAGCGGUCUGGUGCAGUGCUGGGACAGCAGGUGUGAGGCCUCAGGGGAAACUCCGGCGCACUAACGUGAAUAGGCGCGUGUGGUUAGCAGAGUAACUCCGCUGUAGCGCUCCGAGGAGGGUUGUGUGGACAACGGGGGACCUCUGUGCAGUGCAAGGGGGAAAGGGUGCGUGAGCAGACGAGGAGACCCAGCGCAGUGCUGAAAAUAGUGGUGCGGAGUGAGGCGAUGGAGUGGCGACGCUGCUGAGAACCACGCGACAGAGCAUAGCCAGCCGCGAUUGAGUACAGCCAGCCGCGCCGGAACACAGCCAGCCGCGACAGAGUACAGCCAGCCGCGACGGAGCACAGGCAGCAUGAUGGCAACGGGACGGCUGCUGAUUGUUCUCGGUGGACUCUGGCUAGGGUCAGCCCAGGCGGUGGUGCCCCCGGCGCCGCAGCUCAAGCCUGAGUUCCUCUCGCAGCCGGGCUUGUUCAGCGUGCGCGAGGGCGACGCCGUGGUGCUGCCCUGCAGCGUCCGACACGCCGGGACACAUUCGGUGGUAUGGCAGCAGGGGAAGCGAGUGCUGACGGCCAGACACCUCAUCAUCGACUCGGACAGCCGGCUCAGCCUGGUGGACGGUCACAAUCUGCGGAUUGACCGCGUGGGGCUGCCAGAUGCCGGCAACUUCACCUGCUCCGUCUCCUCCAAGCCGCUGAUGGAGCUCACGCACACCGUCGAUGUGCUUUGGUCAGCCCAGGCGGUGGUGCCCCCGGCGCCGCAGCUCAAGCCUGAGUUCCUCUCGCAGCCGGGCUUGUUCAGCGUGCGCGAGGGCGACGCCGUGGUGCUGCCCUGCAGCGUCCGACACGCCGGGACACAUUCGGUGGUAUGGCAGCAGGGGAAGCGAGUGCUGACGGCCAGACACCUCAUCAUCGACUCGGACAGCCGGCUCAGCCUGGUGGACGGUCACAAUCUGCGGAUUGACCGCGUGGGGCUGCCAGAUGCCGGCAACUUCACCUGCUCCGUCUCCUCCAAGCCGCUGAUGGAGCUCACGCACACCGUCGAUGUGCUUUAUGGUCCCGUAGUGAAGACACUGCCCAAGUCUGGACAGCUGACCACAGACCAGGGCCAGAACGUAACAUUGCAGUGCGGCGCGGAAGGCAACCCCCAACCCGAUGUCGCUUGGAGAAAACAGGUUAAAGCACAAAUGACUCACCUCGUCCGCUACAGGUCAGCCCAGGCGGUGGUGCCCCCGGCGCCGCAGCUCAAGCCUGAGUUCCUCUCGCAGCCGGGCUUGUUCAGCGUGCGCGAGGGCGACGCCGUGGUGCUGCCCUGCAGCGUCCGACACGCCGGGACACAUUCGGUGGUAUGGCAGCAGGGGAAGCGAGUGCUGACGGCCAGACACCUCAUCAUCGACUCGGACAGCCGGCUCAGCCUGGUGGACGGUCACAAUCUGCGGAUUGACCGCGUGGGGCUGCCAGAUGCCGGCAACUUCACCUGCUCCGUCUCCUCCAAGCCGCUGAUGGAGCUCACGCACACCGUCGAUGUGCUUUAUGGUCCCGUGGUGAAGACACUGCCCAAGUCUGGACAGCUGACCACAGACCAGGGCCAGAACGUAACAUUGCAGUGCGGCGCGGAAGGCAACCCCCAACCCGAUGUCGCUUGGAGAAAACAGCACGGCCGUCUUCCCUCCGGCGGAGACCACAAAUCCGGCCCGCUGCUCCGCAUAUACCACAUAUCCCGCGAAAUGGCCGGGGUGUACGAGUGCGAAGCGGAGAAUGGCUUGGGAACCCCUGGUGUGGCCACUGUCAGCGUACACGUGCACUGUAAGUAA